AUUUUCCGGUCUCUUUUCGUGCGAAACACAAUCAAAUCUAACUUAAUUAAGACGUUUUUUUAGACUUUAUUGUAUUCUGUAGAAGUGUUUGCUAUUGUAAAUAACUUUUUUUUAAGUAAAAACGAUUCCGUAACAUAGUUUAGAAGCGUUUACUUUUCUGCAUUAGAUUUCUGUACUAACAAAAUUUAAGACGACGUCGUCGUAAAAGUUUUCGGAGAUAGCGGGGGCGCGCGGCCGGAUCACAAUGUCAAGUCCAGGGGUGCAAUUGCAAGUUCAAGAUGAUCAGCAAGUGGUGAUAUUGGAUAAUGGCAUACUACAGGUGACGUUCUCAAACCCAGAAGGACUCGUCACAGGAAUACAGUAUAAUGGCGUUGAUAAUUUGCUCGAAGUUCUUAACGACGAAACUGACAGAGGGUACUGGGACCUUGUAUGGAAUGUUGAAGGGAGUUCUGGAACAAAGGGUAUAUUUGAUAGGAUGGAAGGAACAAAUUUUAAGGUAAUAGUGGAAAAUGAAGAACAAGUGGAGCUCUCAUUCAGUAGAAUGUGGGAUACCUCCCUUGAGGGGAAGGUUGUUCCCCUGAAAAUAGAUAAAAGGUUCGUAAUGCUUCGUGGUUGCUCGGGCUUCUACUCGUAUGCAAUUUAUGAGCACUUAGAGGAAUGGCCUGCUUUCAACAUCGACAAUACUAGGAUCGUAUUCAAGCUCAGGAAAGACAAGUUUAAUUACAUGGCAAUAGCAGACAACAGGCAGAGAUUCAUGCCAUUGCCUGAAGACCGGUUAGCGGGCAGAGGACAGGCCCUGGCCUACCCCGAAGCAGUCCUGCUUGUGAAUCCCGUGGAGCCAGAGUUCAAAGGAGAGGUGGAUGACAAGUAUCAAUACUCCCGCGAGAGCAAGGAUAAUCGGGUUCACGGGUGGAUAUGCAACGACCCACCCGUGGGGUUCUGGCAAAUCACACCCAGCGAUGAGUUCCGAUCUGCUGGACCCCUCAAACAAAUACUUACCUCCCACGUCGGUCCCACUAACCUAGCUAUAUUUCACAGCGUACACUAUUCAGGAGAGGAUCUGGUAAUGAAAUUUGGAGCAAAUGAGGCAUGGAAGAAAGUUUUUGGCCCCAUUUUUAUUUAUCUUAAUACUUUGACUGAUGGAGGCGAUGAACCGCUUUUACUCUGGGACAAUGCUAAGGAACAGAUGAUCAAUGAAGUUCAAAGCUGGCCCUAUGAUUUUCCUGCUUCAGAGGACUUUCAAUCUGCUGAUCAACGGGGUAAUGUUCAGGGUAGAUUGCUAAUCCGAGACAGGUAUAUUAGUGAAGAGAACAUACCUGGAGACGGUGCUUUUGUGGGAUUGGCACCCCCAGGGGAUGUUGGAUCUUGGCAAAGAGAAUGCAAGGGUUACCAGUUUUGGAGUAGAGCUGAUGAGGAUGGCUAUUUCUCUAUUAAUAACAUACGAACGGGUGACUAUAAUCUUUAUGCAUGGGUCCCCGGUUUCAUCGGUGAUUACCAAUAUGAUCUUCCAAUUGCCAUAAGUUCAGGUUGUAAGAUUGAUGUGGGUAAUCUUGUAUAUGAGCCACCAAGAGAUGGCCCAACAUUGUGGGAAAUAGGUAUUCCAGAUCGCUCAGCUGCUGAAUUCUAUGUUCCCGAUCCAAACCCAAACUAUAUUAACAAACUCUAUGUCAAUCAUCCUGAUAGAUUUAGGCAAUACGGAUUAUGGGAAAGAUAUGCAGAACUAUAUCCUGAUGGAGACUUGGUUUACACGAUCGGGACUAGUGACUUUACAAAAGACUGGUUCUUUGCUCACGUUACCAGGAAGAAAGAUGACAACACAUAUGAGGGAACCACGUGGCAAAUUAAGUUCAAACUCGACAAUGCGGAUGAGAGUGGAACCUAUAAAUUACGAUUAGCACUUGCAACUGCACAUGCUUCCGAAUUACAAGUACGGAUAAAUGAUCCAAAAGCAAAUCCUCCUGUAUUUUCAAGCGGACUUAUAGGGAAGGAUAACACAAUUGCGAGGCAUGGAAUUCAUGGGCUUUACUGGCUGUACAACGUGGACGUACCUGGCACUCUGCUAUUGGAGGGAGAUAAUGCUAUUUUUCUCACACAACCAAAAAGCACUAGCCCUUUCCAGGGACUCAUGUAUGACUACAUUCGUUUAGAGGGUCCCGAGAUAAUUCAAUAAAACCUUUACAUAGGAUUUUUUU